GUCAGUCAUGCUUGAAUUGUGGUUUUUAUCAAGGGUAGUCUACGCAAACGGCUUCAACUGUUUCACCUUGUCAGAGGAGUGGAUGGGAAGGGAGGACUCACCAGCCAAUAACUACGGGAAUCUUCCCGUAAAAGGUCACGCACUGAUUAUUUAUUGGCAAUCUGCCAAAGCGCGCGCAUGUGUGUGUGUGUUUACUGGAAGAACCUCAGAGCUGAGGAGGUGGAGCCUUCGCUCUACUCGUUGACCGCGGUAACACAGCUACGUCCGUUUGCUAGAGAGAGAGAGAGAGGACACCGACGUCUUUACCGAUACAUUCAUCCGUCGGUUAGAAGAGGCCGUCUAUUCAGAGUUAAUGACAAAGUUAAUAAAUGAUUUAACACAUAGACAUUCGGGGACUUUGGAUAUUUUCUCCCUGGAGAGGAACGCUGGAGCCGGGGACAGGAACAAUCUCCAAGGUUGUUCCAAGAACCCCUCAACAAACCGAAGGUGCAAAUAUGAACCCAUUGACUGCAAUGGCUCCUUGAGGAACUCCAGGUUUCCUCGAGUCAGCCUACACUCUUAGAAUUAGGGGGUAAGUCACAUUUCUAUUUUGUGGCUGGAAGGGGCCCCAGCUCAGCUCAGACAGACACCAUGUUUAGCAGCUGCAGAGCGGGCAGUUAUGGCAUCUCUUGCCGCUUCAAGUAACAACUAGCAUCGGCCCUUGGUGAAUGGAGAUCUAUUUAAUAUGGAGCUGGGCCUAUUACGUCUUGCUCCAAAUGCACUGAUCAGCAGCACAGUGAGACGGCCAGACCCACCCACCUGGGGGUAGCCUAUUUACCAUGAAACCCAAAUGCACUGAUCAGCAGCACAGUGAGACGGCCAGACCCACCCACCUGGGGGUAGCCUAUUUACCAUGAAACCCAAAUGCACUGAUCAGCAGCACAGUGAGACGGCCAGACCCACCCACCCGGGGGUAGCCUAUUUACCAUGAAACCGGAGAACCAUAGAGCUCUGCUGGUGAAAGCAGCAGGCUGCAUGGGAAUGAGGUUAUUUAUUCAGAAUGAACCUGGACUCAUUCAUAAUAACCUGGUUAAUUAUAAUAACCCCCCCCCAGUGGUAAAAGAGAGUUUGAGCUGAGCUGUUUAACACUGUGUGUGUGUGUGUGAAAAGUUAUUUGAACCUUAACGUCAGAGAUGAUAAUGACCUGACUGACAACAGGGAUCAAGGUUCAAACCUCUAGCUGAAUGUUUGUGGGUGUGUAGCUAUGUGUGUUUUUGUGAAUGUGUUUUAUAUACAGAUGAUUUACUCCACCAUGUGUUGGCCUCCAUAUAGAAUCAGUGGAAAAAGACUACUUCACACCUUUGAAGUGUUCACAAGAAAAUGUAUGAUAACACAUUUCUGCCCCCUGCUCUCUCUCUCGCCUUUCUCUCUGCAGCUGUCUGCAGUGGGUGGUCUCUCUGAGGUCCUCUUUGGACUGCUCCUCAGUGUCAUCGCUCUGGGAAACGUGUGUGCACCCCUCUCCCCCCUCCUUCCUCACGCCCUCACCCUUUUCCCACAUCGCAAACCCUCUUCAUCCCUUCUUCUCUCUCUCCCUCCUGCCCCCUACUCUCCCUCGCCCUUCCCUGCUCUGGACCCCCCACCCCUCGGUCAACGAGCCGAGCGUGGGGGUCAGGGCGCCAUGGUAACCCACAGCAGACGCGACCCCCCCACAAUGAGCAGCAUGACCCCCCCAGAGCCCAGAGGUCAGGGGUCUCAUGUGCACCACCUGCGCUAUAAACCCUUCAGCUCACAUGCACACUACCAACAGGUGCUGUGUGCGGUGCGUAAGCUACAAGAGAGUGGGUUCUACUGGGGUGCGGUGGGGGGUCGUGAGGCUAGCUCUCUGCUCCGCUCCCAGCCCCCCGGGACCUUCCUGGUUCGAGACUCAUCCGACCACCACUACUUCUUCACACUGUCUGUCCAGACGGCCCGUGGGACCAAGAACCUCCGUAUCCACAGCCAGGGGGGAAGCUUUUACCUGCAACCUGACUCGUGCUGCACACACAUGCCCCCUCGCUUCGACUGUGUGCUCAAACUGAUUGGACACUACAUGGGGAAGGAGGGGCGAGGUGGAGAAGCAGCAGGAGGAGGGGAGGCUGGGGUAAGGGCGGGGGGAGGCACGGCUGCGGUGGCAGGGGAGACUGUGGGGUCGGGGACUGGGAGUGUGUAUCUGAUACACUCAGGGGGAGAGAAGGUUCCAUUGGAGCUGCGUCGACCCCUCCCCUCCUCCCUGUCCUCCCUCCAACACCUGUGUAGGAGGACCCUGAACGGACACCUCGGGGGCUCGGCCAGCCCCGACACACACCAGCUCCCUCACACACUCAGGAACUUCUUGGAGGAGUACGAUGCCCCUAUCUAACACACACAUACACACAAAAACACACACUCACACAGUUCAGGUUUGGGGUUUUCCACUCUAACGGUUGAGGAUAGGAUUUGGAAAGGGUAAGCUGUUCCAAAUCGAUGCCACUGCUUUCUUACCAAGGGGAGCCUAAUAUAGGUAACCAUUGAUACUCCUCCACUCUUGGACAGACCGUUAAUGGGAGUUAAGACGAGACUGGGGGGGUUAAAAGUUGUUGCCCUCUCAGCCAGUGACCCAAUCUCCCAGCGGGUGCUGUGAUUGGGUAGUCAAAAAGAUUGAUAGGUCGAUAAUGCAGACCGUGACAUGUGUGGCUUUAGGAGUAUAGCCAGAAGGUUGUUUGGGGUUUGUUGUGCUGCUGUGGCUGAGGUAUAGCUCCUUCUAUUGAUCAAUAGAGGCUUUCAUCUCCUCCCUUUUAUUCUCCUGUUUGACAUGUAGAAUGGGCUCAAUGGACUGUGAGAGGGAGGGAAAGGAAGCGAGAGACAAGGAGAGAGGCGUAAUGAGAGUGUCUGGAGAACAGCAGUGUGUCAAACGAAGGGGCCAAAAGCAGAGUGAAAGUGUUUGUGGUGUCGUACACAUUUCCACUGCUGUAUGCCAACUAGCAUAGCCUCAUAGGAGGGUGUGGGGGAUCAUGGCUGAAGACAGCCACGAGCCUCACAAACAUACACAAGACACCACGUACAUACAGCUUACAGUGCUGUGAAAAAGAAUUUCAAAUUUUCUCUACUUUUGCAUUUUUUAAUAUUUUUUUCUCCCCAAUUUCAUGGUAUCCAAUUGUUUUUUAGUAGCAACUAUCUUGUCUCAUCGCUACCCCUCCCGUACGGGCUCGGGAGAGACGAAGGUUGAAAGUCAUGCGACCUCCGAUACACAACCCAACCAAGCCGCACUGCUUCUUAAUACAGCGCAUCCAUUCUGGAAGCCACCCGUACCAAUGUGUCAGAGGAAACACCGCGCACCUGGCAACCUUGGUUAGCGCGCACUGCGCCCGGCCCGCCACAGGUGUCGCUGGUGCGCGAUGAGGCAAGGAUAUCCCUACCGGCCAAGCCCUCCCUAACCCGGACGAUGCUAGGCCAAUUGUGCGUCGCCCCACGGACCUCCUGGUCGCGGUCGGUUACGACAAAGCCUGGUCGCGAACCCAGAGUCUCUGGUGGCACAGCUGGCCCUUAACCACUGCGCCACCCGGGAGGCCUACUUUUGCAUAUUUUUAAUACUGAAUUAUCAGAUCUUCAACCCAAACCUAAUAUUAAAUACAGGGAACCUGAGUGAACAAAUAACAGUUAUAUACUUAUUUCAUAAACACAGUUAGGCAACACCCAAUGCCCCUGUGUGUUAAAGUAAUUGCCCUCUUACACUCAAUAACUGGUUGUGCCAUCUUUAGCUGCAAUGACUGCAACCAAAUGCUUCCUGUAGUUGUUGAUCCGUCUCUCACGUCGCUGUGGAGGAAUUUUGGCCCACUCAUGCAUGCAGAACUGCUUUAAGUCAGCGACAUUUGUGGGUUUUCAAGCAUGAACUGUUCGUUUCAAGUGCUGUCACAACAUCUCAAUUGGGAUUAGGUCUGGACUUUGACAAGGCUUCAAAUUUGUUUCUUUUUAGACAUUUUCAUGUAGACUUUGUUUGUUUUGCAUCAUUGUCUACCUGCGUGACCCAGCUGCGCUUCAGCUCACAGACGGAUGGCCUGACAUUCUCCUGUAGAUUUCUCUGAUACAGAGUAGAAUUCAUGGUUCUGUCUAUUAAGGCAAGUGGUCCAGGUCCUGAGGCAGCUGAGUCAUGCAACAAGACAAUGAUCCAAAACACACAAUCAUGUCUACAUGAAAAUUGUUAAAAAGCAACACAUUUUAAGUUUUGGAAUGGCCUCAAAGUCCAGACCUAAUCCAAAUUGAGAUAUUGUUGGAGGACCUGAAACAAGCAGUUUAUGCAUGAAAACCCACAGAUGUGGCUGAGUUAAAUCAGUUCUCCAUGCAAGAGUGGGCCUAAAUUCCUCCACAGCGAUGUUGGAAAAAAUAUGCAAAAAUAGAGAAUCCAAAAUGGGGCGAAUUAUUUUUCACAGCACUGUAACUGCAGCUUUGGUAGCUCUUCUGUUAGAAUGUGAUGGAGAUGCUUCUGUGUCUUUGUCUUUCUUCCCAUCUCUCCAUCCAUCUACUCAGAUGUAUGAUAACACUAACACCGCUCGCUCGCUUAUUUAUAUAAAUAGAUAGAUCUCUCUCUCACUCAACCCCAAAGCUAACAGUGGAUAUUAUUUUAGUUCCUGGCAGGCAGGAACAAUACGUGUCCCAAAUGCCACCUUAUUCCCUUUAAAGUGCACUAGCCCUGGUCAAAAGUUGUGCACUGUAUAUAAAAUUGGGUGCCAUUUGGGACACAUUCAGAAACAAAAACUGAAGCCGAACAUAGUCAGUAGUCCGGGGGGGGGGGGUUGAAGGGUGAGGGAAGAGUGCUGAAGACGAGUAUGGCUGAGGCUGGAUGAGGGGGGGACAUGCAAGGAGGAUUGGGGGAGAAGCGGUAAUAGUGAGUGAGUGGUGAAGGAUGAGUAGGCAAGAUUGUUUUCACACUGGGCCACAGAGACAACAAAUCCUUCAUUUGAAGAUGAUGAUGAUGUUGUGUUUAGCUAAAUCUAUGUCUUCCUGAUAGGAGCCUAGUUAGUAGAAGAGCAACGGUUGUAAUUUUUAACAUCUAUUAUCGUCAUAUCAACCUAAUGUGUCGCACCAGCUCAGCUACAUGUGUGUGUCAGAAGUAUUUGUCUUUUAUAAAGACUGCUCAUAACCUCGCCACUAGACUGGCAGACAGUGCAAGCCCAACUAUCUGGAACAACAAAAAACUAAAAUCAUUUCAGAAGAGAAAUUAAAGAUUGAACUUUGCACAUAUUUAUAUUUCUAAGAUAUUUCAACAAUGUAUAUUAAAGAGCACUAUUUUUACUAAAUGUAA